AUGGCAGCUGGACUCAAGAGGGAGUCCAGGUCGCCAGACAAGUCCAUGGCAAUGGGUUCGUCCUCAGUUCUGGCUUUUGAUGUGUUCUCUGGUUCUUGUUUGCAGAGUACCGUCCAUGAUUUGACAGUCCACCGUGCAACCCCUGAGGACAUACUGCGUCGCCAUGAAAUAUACAAAUCAAAAAACAAAGCACUGGCACAUCUGGAACUGCAAGAGAAAGCACUGAAAAGAAAAUGGAAGCAGCAAAAACAACUGGCUGCUGAUUCCUUGGAGAAAAGGAAAUUGUCUCUGAUGCGUGAGAUUCUGUCUGAUCAAUACCAUUUGCAAGAUGUAUUGGAACGAUCUGAUCAGGUUAUGGCUGUGGCCAAAGACUUGUUUCGGAAUGCUCCUCGCACACGAACAGGUUUCCCUAAUGUAACAAUGGCUCCUAACUGUGACCUAGAAUCAUCUCAAGGGCCUAUUGUACAAAAAUGCGACCCUCCCACUCAGCUUUCCAUCCUUAGUGAACCUGUCAUGGAUUCCCAGGCUCUUAAAGAAGUGGAAGAGGAAGCAUUAUCAAUCUAUCAGUCAGAAGAUGGACACCGUGACUCUCUGAAUUUCAAAUCCAGCAUCAAUUCUGACAGGCUACUUCGGUUAUUGAGAGAAGAAAAUUCCUUGGUGAAUUCUCAGUUGUGGGCUGAAAAGGAUAUGAGAAAAACUACCUUAUCACAGGAAUCAAAUGUGCCUUUGACUCCAACAACUGUUUCUCCAUCAUUGGAUCAGUCAGCACUCAAUGCUACCGAUGUAGUCAAGAGAAUCCAUUCAAGACUUCAGAAUGAAGACAAAGAAGAGACUCUAGACUCCACUUACACUGUGAGACAAGUGCUGAACCCGAACUCAAGGAAACAAAAGCAAAUUGCAGCGAAAAUGAAAAGAAAACAAACCACACAGAACUCUGCAAGACAGAGGAGAGAUGGUUCUCCAGCUAAUUCAAUCCCCAUUGACCUUCGGAGGGACAACAGAUCUGGCCUAGAUGUUCUCAACCGCAUGAUUCAUGAAGUGGAGCAUGAAUUGGAGGAAUAUGAGCGAUGUACAGGUCGUGAGGUUCAAAAAACUGAGAGAAGUGAAGGCCUCACUGGAUUUACCUUGUCACUGGUGAAUGCUCUCUGUCGUUUGAUGCGCUACCUCAGAGAGAGUGAAAUGCAGCUGCGUGAGAAAGAGGUGAUGAGACAGCAGCAUGAGGAGGUGUUGAAUGAACACAGAGAACUGAUUGAUGCUCUGACUGCAGAAAUACUUCUAGUGAGGGAAGAAAACACUACUAUACAGGAGAAGCUUCAGCAAUACAUGAAGGUAACAGAUGAACAGUUGAUCUCUCUCACACAAGCAUUUAAAGGCCUCCCUUUCAUAGAACCUAGAAGAGAACAAAGUCCAAACCAUUUUGGAAUUGCAAGUAAAGGUCCAGUGAAUGGCCAAGAAAAACCUGAUUUGAGCUAUUUUGAGCCUAGGGCUGAUGCAGGCAACAGGGAAGGUAUGCUGAAAUUCCCACAGGAAGAACUUCCUUUCAAGUUUCUCCAGAGGUCAGGUGCUUCAGGUGGUGCAGGAGCUGGUAGAAGCUUGCCAUCUCACAUCUUCCAGCCAGCCGUGCUAUUGUCACCGCCCCGGCAGAAGAGCAGUCAGGAAUUGUCUCCCCUCCAGAAUGUGUUUACAGCCAUUCCUCAGUCUCCUGAAAACACUGAAAGAGAACCAUGCAAGGAAAGGAGCUCACCUUCCUCCCUGAGAACACAGAGCACAACUGAGGAAAACUGUCUCACCUCUCAAAGGCAACCAAUUUCUCCUGCAGACAAAGACUUGGAAAGUUCCGAAGAGAAAACUAGUUUGUCCUGCCCGGGUGACACCAGAAAAAGCAGCACAGCUGAAGACUUACUUCAGAAUGGUGAUCUGCUGGGACAGAUAGCCGAGCUCACACGGCAGAACUCUCUAAUUAAAGCUCAGCUGAGCAAAUUUAGAGUCUUCUCUGAAGAUACAAGUGACUGCCUGCAUCAGCCAGACCCAAUACAAAAAGCAAAUUCUAGUCCAGACUCUUCACAAGGACAGACUCAUCCUGUGGUAUCGAAGAGCUUGGAGGAAAGAAUAGCAGAGCUGAAUCGUCAGAGUACGGAAGCACGUGAUAAACUGUUGCAGCUAAUAGACCAGCAGAAAUUGGCUGCUGCCGAUAUGGUCCCUCCAAUGAUAUCUCCUGUUCUGCCCCCAUCCCUAAAUUAUACUGAAAAUGCAAGGAGGACAAUUGAAGUGUCUAUUCCUGUGGCAGUUGCUAUGGACAGCUCCAAAGAUGAUAGUGUCUCCCCUGCCAGCAUGACCAGUGUAAGAAGGUCUGUAGGAGACUCCAGCAAACCCUGUUCACCCCUAAGUGCCACAUCAGAAAGUGUGGAAUUAACUCCUGUCAGCCAAAGGCCAAAGGUGGAAAAGCCAAAAGAAGAAGGUUGGUUUGCAUUGUCAAUGCAUGUUAUGUAAAGGAAGCUGCACUCAAGUCAUG